GCCCAGAGGCAUGUCUGCCGGGCACCGGUGCAACACCCCCCACCCACGCCCUCCGGGCUCAGAGUCCCCGGCUCCGGACUCCAGAGACGCGCCCGCCUGGCGUCGGCGGGCUGCUGAGUUUCCGCGGGCGCCCCCAGGGCCCUCCGGGCGACUCUCAAGGGCCCCCAGGCCGCCCCCGCGCCCAGCGGAGACGCGGCGGUGCACGAAACCGGAGCACUCACCCACCGGGAGAGGGCAGGAGGAGGCGCAGCGGGCGGCAGUGGCAGCCUGGCCUCGCACUCCGCGCUCAAGGCUGUUUUCCUCACCCCCACUUUUCCUGGUGCACCACGGUGGGCGCCAACGCAGGUCCCCCAAGCUCCGCACCUCCCUGAGGGCACCACGCUGCCCCCACCAGAAGGACCCUGGAGCGCCCUCACGGACUGACUUGGGCGCGGGACUUGAGGGUUCCUUGGCGCCGUGCUCUCUUAGCAGGCGACCGCGGUGCUGCCGUAAAGGGUUCGAGCCUCGAGCUGCCGGUCAGACUUUCAGGUUAAAAACCAGCGCCGCUUCAGCCCUUCUUCUGCUUCACGGUGCCUACCUUUGCCUCUUCCCUCCUGGGUUCCCCACUCCCUGUCCGCGCCUCGGUGGCUCCGGCCUGAAUUGCACCUCCGCGCCUCAGUUGAGCCCGCAGUGUCUGACAGCUCAGGAAAAAGCGAACCCCUCCAAUGAGGAGCAACUCUACAUCCGCUCCCCAAAGCCUGCCAACUCUCCUUCUUCGCCCACUGCCUCAGGUCAGAAAGCCCCCAGCAAGCCGCGUAUGCUGUCCUCUGAAAGAAGUAAUAAUACGUCUCUGUAACUAGGGCUCUCAUCUAAACCAAUGCGUGGAUCCGGAGAUGCACCAUAAACAGAGAAACCAACUGGCUCCACCAUGGGCAUGUUCAGAACUCAGAGUUGCAAGUAGCAGGGGGGUCCUUAGGAUGGGAACGGAAGGGAGGGGAGACACUAAUAAGAAAAUUCACAAUUCUUUCUGAAAAUGGCUCUAUUAGAAAUGCUCAGAAUGUCCACAGUUAAUGUGUGGCUGUAAAGGAGGGAGGAAAACUGGACUUUA